AGGAAGUAAUCAAUCAAUCAUUGAUUCAUGUACAAAAACGUGCAAUACCUAAGUGACAUUUUCUUUGGAACAACUUCAUAAUGACGACUCGAGCUACGGUUGAAAAGAGUGAAAAGUACAUGCUUGAGAAAGUGCUUGAAAAACUGGCCAAUGCUGAAUAUCCCUUUUGUGAUGAAGUUUCAAAGUAUGAACGAUUGGCAAAAAUAGGACAAGGUACAUUCGGUGAAGUUUUUAAAGCUAAGCAUCGUACUAAGAAAAAUUUGGUUGCUUUAAAGAAAGUAUUGAUGGAGAAUGAGAAAGAAGGUUUUCCUAUCACUGCUCUCAGAGAAAUCAAAAUUCUGCAGUUGCUAAAGCAUGAAAAUGUAGUGCCUUUGAUUGAAAUUUGUCGCACUAAAACACAAAUUGAAAAUGAUGCCUCUCCGCAUAAUCGUUGCAAAGCAAACUUCUUUUUGGUGUUUGAUUUUUGUGAGCAUGAUCUGGCUGGACUGUUGAGCAACGCUAAAGUUGUAUUUACCCUUGGAGAGAUUAAGAUGGUGAUAAAACAGCUCCUAAAUGGACUAUAUUUUAUUCACAGCAAUAAAAUUCUACACAGAGACAUGAAGGCAGCUAAUAUACUGAUAACCAAGUCGGGAAUUUUGAAAAUUGCUGAUUUCGGUUUAGCUCGAGCUUUUAGUGAGUCCAAAAAAGAACCAAACCGUUACACAAAUAGAGUUGUUACAUUGUGGUACAGACCACCUGAGCUUUUGCUUGGUGCACGUGAUUAUGGACCUCCUAUUGAUAUGUGGGGUGCUGGAUGUAUAAUGGCUGAAAUGUGGACCCGUGCUCCUAUCAUGCAGGGCAGUGCAGAGCAACAUCAAAUCAAACUGAUUAGUCAGUUAUGUGGUAGUAUUAAUCCUGAGUCAAUGCCUGGGGUUGAAAGUCUUGAAUUGUAUAACAAAAUAGAACUACCCAAAAAUUGUAAGAGAAGAGUGAAAGAAAGGCUAAUGCCACAUAUUCAAGAUACUCACUCCCUUGAUCUUCUGGACAAGUUACUAAUUAUAGAUCCUAAAAAGAGAAUAGACAGUGAUUCAGCCCUUAAUCACGAUUUCUUUUGGUCGGAUCCACUACCCUGUGAUUUAGCUAAAAUGCUUGCUCUCCACACGCAAUCCAUGUUUGAAUAUUUGUUUUCGAAGAGGAAUGAGCAGAAUAGACAAGCUGCAAUGGCAGGACGAAAUCGCAAUAAUGUUCAACUUACUGCUACAAAUACUGAUGGCCAGUAUAUAGAUCGUGUUUUUUAAGCAUUCACUCAAAUUUGCAUUUAUCUCCUUUUUUUCUGAUUUAAAUAUGUAAAUUAUUUAUAAUCUGUGAUAACAUGUGAUAGAAAACAGUAAGAUGUAAAUUUUUGUAUAUGUAUAUAUAUUUAUUGGAAGUAACCAAAGACAAUAUUGUUGGGUCUUAGAUUCAUUUUGUGUUUAAUUCAGCGACAGAAAAUGCUGGAUCCUAUGAAAUCGAAAUUCAAGUCAAGAAAGUGCUAUAAAUUAGUUUCCUAUAAUAAUGUUCCUAUAGCUUUGCUGUGAUCUACUUAAAAUAACUUCUGCGUGUGAAAUUGUUGUGUAUACUAAGCAGUAUCAUAUAGUCAUUGUUAUGGAUAUAUUAGUAUAAUGUUUUGCAUAUUUUUUAAGUUUCUUUUCUUUUCUGUUUGGUAUGUUUGUGCUAUUGCAAUAAAAAUUGUAAUAAUCACCAUAAUUCUAAAGAAAAUUUUCUACUGAUUUUUUUUUUGCAUUUAAAAUGUAAUUAUUAAUUAAAAUAAAUGAAUGGAACAUAUUCCAUCUUAAAAUUAAUUGACUUUGUUAAUUAAUAUUGAAAAGGAUGUGUCAAUGCUACUCAAUUU